GGCCAGUUGUAGAAGGCAAGGGCGCAGGUGAAAGGAAAAGAGAGGGAGGGACGACUGAGGCAGAAAGAAAGGAGAAAUCUAACAGAAACCAAAGAUGACUCUGUGAAACAAAAUGGAUCCAGACAAGUCCAGCCUUACUUCAAAAACACAGCAUGUAAGCAGCAGAGAGGGAAGUGAAUCACCAAUGGAUGAAAUGGGGCUGCAGAGCGUGGAUGGAGAGAGGCAGAGGGAGAUGGAAACCAAAGAGCCCGAUGCUGUUGACAGUGUGGCUGCAGACAUAAACGUUUUCCACAAGGGGGCAGCAGACAAACAGAAGUUCAGUACGAUCGGCUUUCAGAGGCGAACCAAGCAAAAGGUUGUGACUGACUUUGCAACACUGAGUAAAGGAACUUCUGCAGGAGCCAAAACCAGAACACCACUCAAACAAGUCUUUUUCAGCCAGGGAGUGUCUGACAAAGUGUCUGAGGAGCGAGUUCAGCUGGAUGUGUUGAAGCAGGCUCUGGAGGCCUCCACUCUGCCGGUGAACCGGUGGAGAUGGAAGGAGGAAAGUCAGGGAACCACGCUGGAGAAGAGCUGGACAGAUAUAGUGCACUCUACCUCAACUAUGUCUAAAAUGCAGAGACACCAACAGGAGGCGCUGUGGGAGUUUGUACAUACUGAACUCGCCUACAUCAACAAGCUGCUCAUUAUAAGAGACUUGGUUAUUGCGGCUCUUGUCAACUUGCAUCAGCAUGGAUUUCUCCUGGAGGUGACCCCCGAGUUGCUUUUCUCCAACCUCCCCGCUAUCCUCAGUGCGCACCAGCUGUUCUGGCAGGAGGUGAUUUAUCCAAUGUUACAGGAAGUGCGAAAGACAGGCAAGCCCUUUGACCCCAUGUGGUUAGAGGCUGGUUGCCUCCAGUUUCAGGAGCGCUUCUCUUGCUAUCAUCAUUACUGCUGGGAGGAGGAAAACAAUCUUGAGUUCUCACGCAGGCAGAUGGAGAGCAGCCCACAUUUCUUCACUUAUGUCCAGUGGGUGGAGAAUCAUCCUCAGGGUGAGCGGAUGCGUCUUGGAGACAUGCAGGCCAAACCCCAUCAGAGGAUCACAAAGUAUCCCCUGCUGCUCAAAGCUGUGCUCAAACACACCCAGGACCCUCACGUGCAGCACGCACUCAGGGGCAUGCUGUCCAGUGUAAAAGAUUUUUUGGAAAGUAUAAAUGAAUACAUGCGGGUGAGAGAUGAGGAGCUCGCCCUCUCCAUCUCUGCUCAGAGGGUGGAGGGGUACGAGGUGGAGGGCAUAAAUGAAGAAAUUGACAAGCACGUCCGAGAGAUCUGCCAGUUUGACCUAACGUGUCCCAUCAGAGGCGUGGGUCCUGGAGUCAUGCGCAAGCUACUGCUGGAGGAGAACUUAAGGUUUCGGGGCAGGAAGGACAGUAAACUAGAGUUUGUGGCUCUGCUUUUCUCAGAUGUGCUUCUAUUCACCAAAGUCCAGAAGAAAGCAGAGCGGCUGAAGGUGGUCCGACCUCCCCUGGCCCUCGACAGAACCUACUGCAUAGCACUGAAAGAUGGCUAUUCAUUUGUCCUUGUGGAGGUAGGUGAGCUUCAGAGUGCAAUGAAUGUCCUCAUACUCGUCACCAGCACCACAGAGAGCUGCUCCUUAUGGGUAUCCGCCAUCCACCAGGCGAAGGAAACACUUAGGAAGCUGAGAGAGACAGAGAACAGCAGGUUGGAGACUUUAAAAAUAAACCAGCAAGAUGAAGAAGCAGUGACAGAUGACAUGGAGACAGAAGACCAACCCGUUACACAUCCAGGAAUGGAGACUUCAAUGGAUGAAUUCAGUAUCAUCGCUCACUCAGUAAAUGGGUCAGAAGCGGCAGAGCAGUAUCGACCUCUGGAUGAUGUGUCCUCCGAGAAAAGUGAGUUACUUUUUCAGUACUCCCAGUCUAAAGACAGUACACAGAAAUUUGGGCACAAGAGGAGCCCGCUUCAGCCACCAGCAUUCACAGAGCCUGAAUGGAUAGAAAUGGGGGUGAGACAAGAUCAUGCUGGAAACCAGGGGGAGAAAGAACACGAUAUUGUUGAAACUCAGAUAACAGAUGAGCAGAGCGUGACUUGGAACCACAGUGUGCAAUCUGCCCCUUUGCUCAAUGAUUUCACUCACAGACAUGCUGCAAGCCCAUUUGGAUACAACACAAUAGGACUACACAAUUUUUUACCAGGUGGACUCCCAGAUGUUGACUACCCAACAAAUGAAGAUACCACUUUACAACCUAAUAAUCAACCAGUAAUAAGGAAGGGAUUUGAGUUUUUAAGACAGCAGAGUCAACGAGAAACAUUAAGAAAAGACUUCGACUCUGUUUCUGUGAACCAGGGCAAAAGGAGAAAUUCCAGUGUCAGUUUGUUUGGAGACACUGAGACAGCUCAACAGGCUUGGGUCUCCAGAAAUUUAAAGUCACCUUCAAUACAGCGGAGGAGACCAGUCAGCACAAAGCCAUCCCCUUCUCAGACAUCCAAGGAGUUCUUUCAGGGUUGGGAACAAACUUCAGCUGCUUCAAACAACUACUCUUCCUCUAAUUCGGGCUCUAACUGCAACCCAAAAAUGAAAAGGAACUCUCUUCCCACCUACCCAUCCAAUUCACAGCGGGUGCUCAGACUGGGCUCCCUGAGGUCAAACCCAGGCAUGUUUAGCAGUGAGAGUCCCUCUCCUGAUCCCCAAGCCUUUUCCGAAUCUGAGCUGCCUGGCAUGAAGUUCCAAAAUAAAAAGCCCAAAAUGAAAACGCAUAGAAGUUCCUCCACACCCACCAUGAGCACUGAAAGGGGAGCAAGAAUUAGCCUGCCCUCCCGUAGUUCGUACACACCAUCCCAAGCAGAGGGCAGUCAUCCCUCACCUCUGCAGGGCCUUUUAGAUAGAGCAAAAGAAAGAGAGAAGGAGAGAGGAGGGUUAAAAAAAGACAGAAAUUUAAAAAUGUCAAAUCCGAGGUCAGGAUACCCUCCUCCUUCUCCCUCAUUUUCUGCCACACCUUCACCACCAUGCAGCGAUGGAGACAGAGACACAGAGUGGGAGGAAGUUGAGGUAACAAGACACAGGGCCCUCACUGUAAGUCAGGGAUGGAAGGAGCAGCUGGUGGACGGCGAUGAAGAUGAGCAGGGGAACAGUGUUAUGUUUACAGAUGGUGAAAAUGUGGACUGGGCAGGCUGGUGCUUUGAUGAUGAAGAAGUCAUGGAUCAUUUGCAUCCUGGAAGAAAUAGCCUUAUGGAGGAACUCAACCAAUAUAUGGCCUCAUGGGUUCUUAGUGAACUGUCAGAGCAAGAAGAUGGGGAGUGCAGUCAGGUGUAGCGCUGAAGCUGCAUCGCACCUGUAGCCACUGAGUGGUUUCAGCACUAAACUGCCAGCCAGCAAACUGAGGUCGGUCUCAGUGAGUUGGCUCAAAAUUUAGUCUGUGAAUCUUAAUUUCAGAGUGACAAUCUGACAAGGGUAGAAAUUUUAUUUUUUUUUUAUAAAAGUGGGAAGGGAACGUUACAAAAGAGACUUCUUUGCACAAAUAUCUUAAGAUGCUGCACCUUGUUCUUUAAUGCUUGAAUUCAUCAUUCUGUAAUGAAUAUAAAAUAGUGAUAAAUAUAGCCAGUGUUUGGUAUAUAGAACUAGUGUCUGAUGUAAAUAUACUUUUUUUUUCUAAAUUACUGUGUAUUUUAUUUAUAUGAGCAAUAAUAUUUCCCUGCCAUUGACCAUCAGGAUUCAUACUGUAUAUAAAUGUAACAAAUAAAACCAGAUCUAUUUCUCUUAAAUGCACUUUAUUUGUAAAGCAGUUUGCUCUCAGUUUGUCAUAUACAAGCAAAUAAAUCAUCACACACAAACA